GGGCUGAGCGGUUUGAAUUCGGGCCUAGUUAGCCUGGCUUUCUUGGAAGAAGGGACACCCGAAGAAGUUCAUUCAUACAUAUCUUUCAGAUCGAAACGAAAUUUUGCUCCGUAUUUUGUUGAGAAAGUAGCAAUCAAAAUCAAAAUCUCAAAAUGAAUCUGGUGGACUCUAAUCAAGCUCAAAACAACAACUUAAUGGUCUCUGAAGCUGCAUCAGAGCGAACUCUUUAUCCAUACGUGACCGGUACAUCAGUAAUUGGCAUCAAGUACAAGGAUGGUAUUCUCAUGGCUGCUGAUAUGGGAGGUUCCUAUGGGUCUACCCUGCGUUACAAGAGUGUGGAGCGAUUGAAGUCUAUUGGAAAACACUCUCUUCUUGGUGCAAGUGGAGAAAUUAGUGAUUUUCAGGAGAUUUUACGCAACCUUGACGAGCUCAUUUUGUAUGACAAUAUGUGGGAUGAUGGGAACUCAAUGGGGCCUAAGGAAGUGCACAACUAUUUGACUCGGAUGAUGUACAAUCGUCGCAACAAGUUCAACCCACUAUGGAAUUCACUUGUACUUGGAGGAGUGAAAAAUGGUCAGAAGUAUCUUGGAACGGUUAAUAUGAUCGGUGUUCAUUUUGAGGACGAUCAUGUGGCAACUGGAUUUGGAAAUCACCUUGCAAGGCCUAUUCUCCGUGAUGAAUGGCAUGCAAACUUGAGUUUUGAAGAUGGUGUUAAGUUACUGGAGAAAUGCAUGCGUGUACUUCUCUAUCGUGAUAGGUCUGCAAUCAACAAACUUCAGAUAGCAAAAAUCACUGAAGAGGGCGUGACGAUUUCUCAGCCCUAUGCAUUGAAGACUUUCUGGAAUUUUGCUGCUUUUCAGAAUCCAACUGUGGGCGCUGAAGGGUCUUGGUAGUGCCGAAGCAUGUGGCUUGAAAAUUGAAAAACAUAGCAGCACCUUGAGUUGCCGAAUUUAAAAUUUGAUUCCAUCUUUAUUUUCAUUUAGUAGACUAUAUGUAUGUUGUUAACUGAGUUCAUUUGAAGUUUCUCUUGUGGACUAAUCUACUGUGUUCAUCAAAUGAUCGAAAGUGAUAAGAGACAUUGAUUAUCUGAACUGAAAUGAAUUGCCCUUUUAUGUUUUUGAAUUUAGAAA